AUACUGUCUGUCUGUCUGCCUGUACAUGACCCAUGCAUCUAGCUAUACACACAAGCGGACACAUGUACGUUCACGUCAGCCAGCCAACCCCCCUACAAAAAGCUGGAGCGCUGUACGUGCGUAUCAAAUGAAUGUACAUACGAAAAGGAAACCAACACAUAUAUCGAUCGCCAGUCACCCGACGCUCUUGCCCCGGUAUAGAAUGACUAUUCCUGUGUUGUCGCCGUGUGGACCAAUACGAGUGUGGAUUCCGCGGACAAAGGCCACCCGGAAGAGAUUGAUGGAACAUAGCACGCCUGUCGACAGGUCGGUCCAGCACGAACAACCGCACGAAUCAAAAACACCGUGUGUGCAAGGAGGGUCCAGACAAACAAAUAGUCAGUCCCAGACAGACAGACAGUCCACUGUGAUCGACGCGAUAUAUGUCUGUCCACCACCAACUCAACACACAUCCAUCCAUCCAGCUGCCGAGGGCCCACAGGCACCACCCUCACCUCACACGAGACGGAUUUCGUCUCAGCGACUCACUCAAACACCAUCCCAUCCACACACCACACACCCAACCAACACUCACAAAAUAAAACUCAACCAUCCAGUGGGCUGCAUGGUGUGGCACGGAAAACACUUGCCCCACCCACCCACGCCACUACACACAAUCUCAUCUCUCGUUUGUUUCCCCGCUCUGUCUUCAAUCACUCACGGGCUGGGCAUGUUGGGCAAGUCGUCGCCGAAUGAGCUGGACGAGCUGCCCUCCGGCACAGGCGGCAGCGCAUCCCCCCUGUGCGACAAAACCGGCAUUCCUCUGCCCAUCCCAACGGCCUGCGUGUGCGCGGCGCUCGUGUAGGCGUAGCAGGGCUGGUAGACGGUGUGGGAGUAGGGUGGGGCCAUGGGCGGCUGGGGCGGGGCGGGCAGGGCACUGAGGUUGGGGGGGUGGGAGCCGGGGGGAACGAAGAUGUUGUAGUUGUAGUGGUGCUGGUGGAUCAGACCCACAUUGUGGGCUGCAGUGCAUCCAACGGCACAGACACAAACACACACAUACACAUACACAUACACGUGGCCUCGGUCUGUGUGCAUCGCAUCGAUGCCUUUUCCUCCUCUCCUUACUUACCAGUGGUUUUGGACGCCAUCAUGACGUUGGCAUUGUUGGCCGCGACACCCACGCCCCUCCCUGUGGCCAUGCCCAUGCCCAUGCCCAUGCCCUCCCCCUCACUCACCGCCGUCGUAUCGGUCGUCCGCGGCCGCAUCAUGCCCGGAGAACCGCCCCCGGCACCUACCACGUCCCUCCUCACCACAUGGUGGGCCGCCUCAGCCGCACGAACAUGAGCCGCCGUUGUCGGCAUGACGUGUGGAGGUCCAUGUGCCGUCAUCAAUCCAGAUGGGUCGGGCGAGGUGCCACCGCCCAGAGAAGGCACCACUGGCGAGGGAUGAGUGCGGGGGGCAAACGGAUGGGGAUAUGACGCUGCAGGGACCGGGGAGGGGUAGGUGGUGGAGUAGUUGGCAGGGGCCAUGGGGCUGGUCCCAGGCGGGUGCAGCAGACCUGCGGCCGGGGACCCGCCGCGAGAUGCGAUGGAUGGUGCGACAGACGGCGCAGCCGACAGGGGCGUGUAAUGGUAGGGGCUGUGCAGAGAUCCCAUGCGGCUGUGUGGAGACGGGUAGGAGGGCGUGGCUGGGCCGGUCUUCUUCUUGGGCCCAUAGCCCGGUUCGUAGACCGCGGCCCUCACCCGCCGGUGCCGCUUCACCUGGCUCAUGCUCGACACCGUCUGCCCCGCCCUCAGGUGUGUGCCGGACUGCUUGCCCAGGCUGCGUGAGGUGGUGGGAGGGGAGAGGGGGUGCUGCGGGCGCGGCGUGAGCCACGAGAUGGAGGGGUGGUCCAGGUACUGUUGGGCGGCGUCUGCGAAGCCGCCGAAGGGGUUGAGAGUCGCCUGGACGUUCUCGGCCCUGACGCCGAUGGCGCCUGACCACGACGGCUGCACACAAACGUGGCAGGAUCACUUCAUUUGGACGCUAUGAUGAUCAUCUGGCGUCUUGUCAUCUGGCGUCUUGUCUUCUGACCGUGAAGGUGAAUCGUCCGAUAGUUGCGUCAGCGACCCUCAUAGGGAUGCCCUCCAUCUCCAGAGAAGCGUUGAUGUCGUCUGUCCGCAGCCGCACAUUCUCAAGGACAACGCCUUCGCGAAACGACACCUGCACAUCGCGCCGGGCGUCAAAGUCCUCGAGGAACUCUGCAGAGAACCCCAGGCCAGCCGUUUGCAGAGCACGGAAGCACGGAGCCUUCUGUCUGCUUACCUGAGCCGUGGAAGGCCAGAAACUCGCGAAACAUGUUCUCCAUCUCGAAAGACUGGAACGAAAGAGGUCAGCAAGGGGCGACGGGCUUGAUGGCG